GGGCUCUGGUUUGGUUACUGGAUUCACCAAGCUAUGCAAGGGCUUAGCCGUUGUGCUAAUUGGCGGGCAUAUCUUGGUUCAGGUUUUUCCUGCGGUUGUUAACUAUCUUGCUCUUAUUCCAGCCAGGUAACCUUCCUCAAGAGGAGACUUAAUUGGGCAUGAAAAAUUUGUCUUUCUUUCUCAUUGACUGUUCAUCAAAAUACCAAAAUUGUCAUUAUCAUUCAGUAUCCUAUCAACGCUCUCCACCUCUCACUUUCUUGUAUAUAGAUUUAUCGAGGACAAUUCCUUUUGCCUGGAAUCUCUUAACUGCUGGUUAUAUUGAACAGUCAGUAUAUGGGGUUGUUGUCAGCACAGUUGGCCUCCUUUUUGUUGGAAAGUUGCUUGAACCCAUAUGGGGCUCUAGAGAAUUUCUGAAAUUCAUCUUUGUAGUCAAUUUUCUAACCUCUUUAUGUGUCUUUAUCACAGCAAUUGCCCUGUACUAUAUUACACAGGAGGAAAGUUAUCUUUAUUUGCCUGUAUCUGGUUUCUAUGGGAUUCUAGCUGGGUUCUUGGUUGGGAUCAAACAAAUGAUACCUGAUCAAGAGUUGCCAGUAUUGAAACUAAGAGCUAAGUGGUUGCCAUCUCUUGCUGUAUUGGUAUCCGUUGCUGUAAGCUUUUGGACAACAGGAGCAGCAACAUAUCUUCCAACAAUAAUAUUUGGGACAUACGUCAGCUGGAUUUAUCUGAGAUACUGGCAGAGGAAACCUGAAGCAAAACUUAAAGGCGAUCCAAGUGAUGAUUUUGCAUUCUCUACAUUCUUCCCUGAACUUUUACGGCCAGUCAUUGAUCCAGUUGCAUCAAUAUUUUAUCGUCUGCUUUGUGGAAGAUCUGAAUCCCCUAACAAUGCUGAGGACUAUACUGCUGGAAGCGCCCCACUGCCCGGUUCGGAUCCUAUUGAGGCAUCUAGAAGAAGAGAAAGGGGAGCUAGAGCUUUGGAAGAAAGAUUGGCAGCUGAGAGAUUGGCUGCAUCCAGAAGUGCUCAAGAGUCAGGAAGAGAUGCAACAGAGAAUGUCUGAUUGAUUAUUAUAUUUGGUUAUCUGAUAGGGUCUAUGUUUGUUGAUUAACUAUGAAGAGGUCCUCUUUUCUUUAUUCUGAGAUGCAAUUUUGUUUUGCACAUUCCUUUUGUGGUCCUUGAGUUACAAAAAACUGUUGCUUCGUUUGUGCUUUUUUGCAGCAUUGGGGAUUUAUCUGUAUACAGCACGAGAUAUAUAAGAGUAGAAUUUCAUCGGAAGUUUCUUCCA